CCGACAGACACGAUGAGUGCCAGCGACAAGAGGCCCGGACAGCGUGCGACGGCGCGUACACCUCGCGCGAAUACCGACUCGAGUAACAAGCAAGUCAUAUACACCCUCUUCGCAUCCGCAGCCGCGGGUACUGCUGCAUGGUACUACUCAUUCAUCCACACACCGCCUUCGUUCACCGUUCUGCCGUCUUCAUACGCGCUUUGCGCAGAUGCUGGGAAAAUAUAUACGGCUGAUCCGGUGAAACCCAAUGUCGACUGCAUUGUUGUCGACAAGCAGACCAUUUUGACCACGGGCGCCUUGCUGGAGGUCCAAUCCUGGUGGGACGGCUAUCAGAAUGAGCUCAUUGCGAAAUGGUACGGCAAUGAGCCAUCUGCGAAGAAGCCUUUGCCCGUCAUCAAUCUUCGACCUGGUUUAAUCGUUACCCCAGGGCUCGCAGAUGCGCAUGCCCACAUAUUGCAGUAUGGCUUCAAAAUGCAACUUCGCCUCGAUCAGGCACGGUCUCUCUCCGAGCUUUUGGACACGCUGGAAGAUUAUGUCCGCAAGCACCCGUCCGGUCCUGAUACUUGGAUCGAAGCCAUGGGAUGGGAUCAUACGAAAUGGUCCGACACGGAUGGCUCAUUUCCCACCGCAGCCGACCUCGCAUCUCGCCCAACCUUGGCCGCUCUCCCAAUAGCGUUGCAUCGAGUCGACGUGCAUGCCUUAUGGAUUUCUCCGCGCGCUCUCGAGCUCACCAAGGCGCACAAUGGUGGUGGUCUCCCGGUGUCUGUUCCCGGGGGCGAAAUUCUCCGCGACUCUGCUGGCGAGCCCACAGGCAUCUUCGUCGAUGCCGCACAGAGCCUCGUGCCGGUGCCCAAGUGGUCAAGACAGCAGGUACGCGAGUAUGCUGACCGCGCGAUCAAGGAUGCACUCGCUGUCGGCUUGACAAGCAUUCAUGACGCUGCGACGAGUGUUGAAGAGUUCGAACUCUUCAAACAAUUGGAUACAGAACGCAAACUUCCCAUCAGAGUGUAUGCCAUGGCCGAUUCUGACCGGCUCACUCUAAAAGAAGCGAAACAACUCGAGAUAUACGAUACAAGCCCUACAGCCCAUGUCCGUAUGCGCAGCGUGAAGCUAUUCACUGACGGCGCUCUGGGCUCGUGGGGAGCGGCACUACUCUCUCCCUACUCGGACAAGCCGGACGCGCAUGGCAUUAUGCGUCAUCCCGAAGAGGAGCUUUUGAAGACCGCCCGUGAAUGGUGGGAAAGGGGUUGGGGUGUCAACAUCCACGCUAUCGGAGAUCGUGCCAACAAGGUCGUCCUAGAUAUCUUCGAGGAGAUUGGCAACGACCCGGACGACAGCGAUGCUAUCGCGAAGAGGAGACCCCGUAUCGAACACUCCCAAAUCAUGCGUCCGGAAGACCUGCAGCGAUCUGGGAAAUUGGGAGUCCUGACCAGCGUGCAACCGACCCAUGCAACAAGCGAUAUGAACUACGCAGAAGCGCGACUUGGACCCGAGCGUAUCAAGGGUGCCUACGCGUACCAGACUCUGCUGCAGGCUUCGCGGAACCAUGUCCUGCCUCUCGGCUCCGACUUCCCCGUCGAAAGCAUCAAUCCAUUGUACGGAUUUUAUGCCGCUGUAGCAAGAUUAGACAACGAGGGCAAUAGCCCUCACGGCUCUGGAGGAUGGUAUCCUGCAGAACGCUUGACGCGAGCCCAAGCCCUCAAGGGGAUGACCCUCGACGCUGCCUAUGCCGCGUUUGCGGAAGAAGUUCUCGGCUCGUUGUCUGCCAGCAAACGUGCAGACUACGUCAUCUUCGACAGGGACAUCAUGGACGAGAGCCGGCCAGUGGGCGACAUUCUUGAGGCGAAGGUGGAGGCAACCAUCAUCGAUGGUAAGGUCGUUUAUGGAGGAAUUUCAGGCAAUAGCAUCCUAUAGUGUGUUCGAUAAUCAAUAGGUACGAUUGCUACACG